CAAUUUUUUUUGUUGCUGUUGUAGACAUAGGGUGGUCUUAAUUUUAUCAUUUAUAUGAUGUAUUUACAUCAACUGGACUUGUGAAUCCACUGGAAAAGUAAUGACCAAAAAUCUGGGUUUAGGUCUUUUACUUUGCAAAAUUUAGGGGUCAGAAAUGUGAAAGCACAUUGUACAUAUUUACAGAAGGAACCGUGUAGACCCACAGUUGAUUUACUUAUGCAUUAAUUUAUUCUCAUUCACCACAUGCAUCUACUUCCUGGGAGCCCAGCAAGCUGCAGAGAGGAAUCAGCUGAGCACCCUGCCUCUGUUAUCUGAAAGAUUCCUUCUAAUGAAGCCACAGCUUUUAUCAUUCCACAGGAAAAUAAGACAAUUAUUUCUAUAAUGUUGCUAAUGUGCUGCUUCCAGCAUUUUGCUUGAAUCUGAAUUAAAAGCCCUCCUUUUAUGUCUAAGGAGACUAUAAAAAAUGAACAUUGUAAAAUGCAUUGACACUUAUUCUGAUGCCCCCUAGGACAGGAUGAGGAGGGAAAAUUCAACUUAUAGAACAGAAUGAAUAUAACAGAAUCUACAAUGUGCCUAUUGUUCUUGCUGCCUUAGGAAAUGUUAUUUAGGUCACCAAAUAUUUCUCUGUUGGCACAUUUUCUUUUUUUUCUUUCUUACCUCUCUUUUGCAUUUAACUCUUAGCCUUAUCCUCUUUUUUUAGAACUUGAAGAAGAGUUUAUAAAAUGCAGAGAUGAAAGCGAGGGAGAGAGAGACAGAGACAGACAGAUGAUUUCUUUUGGACACCAUGGUGGGGCUUCUCUCAUAGUCCCAGCAGCUUCUCUUUCCCCCCCAACCAUUCCAGCCAGUGACAUUUUCCAAUGCUCAGAAUUUCACCUUCGACUUCUGUUAUUAAAAAACUAUUAUAAAUGGAGAGUCGAAUGUCCAGAAUUAAGUGCGGAUCUACACCCUAGAAGUAUUCUUGGUCUUUUGAAGGCUGGGUACCAUGGAGUUCUAGGAUCCAGGGAUCCCACUGGUAGCAGAGUUCUUAUUUACAGAAUCGCAUUUUGGGACCCAAAACUGUUUACAGCUUAUGAUGUAUUUCGUGUGAGUCUAAUUACAUCCGAGCUUAUUGUACGGGAAGUAGAAACUCAACGGAAUGGAGUCAAGGCUAUAUUUGAUCUGGAAGGCUGGGAGUUUUCUCAUGCUUUACAAAUUACUCCAUUUGUAGCCAAGAAGAUUGCUGCUGUACUUACAGAUUCCUUUCCACUGAAAGUUCGUGGUAUCCAUUUGAUAAAUGAACCAGUAAUUUUCCAUGCUGUAUUUUCCAUGAUUAAACCAUUCCUGACUGAAAAAAUUAAGGAAAGGAUUCAUAUGCAUGGGAAUAAUUACAAACAAAGCUUACUUCAGCAUUUCCCUGAUAUUCUUCCAUUGGAGUAUGGCGGUGAAGAAUUCUCCAUGGAGGACAUCUGUCAGGAGUGGAUAAAUUUUAUAAUGAAGUCUGAAGAUUAUCUCAGCAGCAUUUCUGGGACCAUUCAAUGAGAAGUUAUUUCAUCCAAAUGGUUUCCUAAUUAAAAGUACAUAAGUGAGAUCCUAUGUGAAUGAAAGAAAAAGAGCAAAUAUUUUGAAUUAAUUAUUGCUUGUAUGAUCUUUAAAAACAUAAAAACCUGUAACAGGAGCAAUAUGGAUGUUUAGAAAGCUUUUGAACCUUUUUUUCACUUCUGAAGUACUUAAAUGUUAAUAUACUUGAAUAGCGUAGAAGGGAUUCCCUAUUUUUGAACUUGAAGAAAUAACAUAGAAAGUGAUUUCUGAAGUGGCUAUUUAUGUGCAUCUUUGUGUGUUUCUAUAAGAUUUCAUUUUAAACAAGUUUUCUGAUUACAUUUGUUUAGUCACAGAUUUAUAAAAUCAACUUAAAGAAAUACUGCACAAAUCAAUUGAAUAUAAAAUACUAUUAACACUUAUUUUUUGUGGGUGUCAGAUUAGAUUACAAUUCAGGCUAAAAUCUGAAUACAGCUUUACAAUUACUUCUGUGGGCUAGCAGGAUAGUUCAUCUCAGGGAAAUUGUAUUCUAGCACAUUUGCACAAUAGAAACUUUUGAUUGGAGAGUCUAUAUGCCAUACUAUUGUAUAUAGAUCUCUAUAAAGGUACAGUUGAUAAUAACUGAUUAAAAUAUAAUUAAGAAAAUAUUUCAGACACAGUUCAUAGCUUCUCAAUGCUGUUUUGCAUUUUUUAAUAAAUCAAGAAUGUGAUUUUGACUUGUUUACGUUAAUUCUUAUGACACAUUACAUGGAGAUUUAGAGGUAAUAUUUAGCUGUCUUAUACAUAGAAUUUUUGGUUGAAUAACACAACUGUAUAAAAGAAAUGUUUACAUUUCUUAAAUCAUUGCCAAUUACACUUGGUAUUUUUCAGUUUACAUAUAAAAUAAUAUGAGUUUUACUCUUAUAUCAGAAUAUUCUGAGUCCCACAAUUUUUAUUUACUUUUUAAAAAAGUGGUCAGGAUGUGCUCUUUGUUGUGUAGUUUGUAUAAAAGAAUAUUUCAUUUACCAAGAAAGAUAUAUCAUCCCUUAUAGUCAAUAUAUCUUUCAAUUUAUAAUAUAAUUUUUAUACUUAGUAUUUUAUAAUUGAUUUUAUUUUAAACUUGAAAAUGAAAGAAUAUGGAGUAUGAAAUUUGUUGAAUCUGUUCAGCCUGUUAGGUUUCAAUAUUAAUCAUGCAAUAGUAUCCUUGUGCAAAAAUACUUUUCUGUGUGCAAGAGUAUUUUUCUUUAUAAGAAAAUUAGUCUAAUCAGGUGAGAUGAUACUUAAAGAUUCUUUGAACUCAUGUCUAAGAUGAAACAGAGUAAUUGUGGAUGUUCUUUAGAGAAUAUGUUUGAUUUUGACAUAGCAUUGAGAAGCUAACUUGACGUUAUACCUUUUGUAACAAAACUAGAUCCUCCCUGUUUUUUAAAGGAAUUUUUAAAAACUUCUUUAUAAAAUCAUAUAACUUAAAAUUAUUUAAUUAAAAAAAUCAUACAAUUUAAAAUUGUAUAAUUAAAAUCAUAACAGAAAAAUCACUUAAAAGGAUAAGCAGUAAUAACAAAACACCUCUGCUUUGUCCAACAUUUAUUCUUAGAAGGAUAUUUCUAUCACAUAUUCUACUUCAUUUACAUUUGGCUACUUAAAACAGUUUGUUAUGAUUGUGUAAAGGAAAGAUUAGUACAUGAAUAAAUAACAACAUUUUAAAACGUCUUUUAAAUUGUUUAAUUAGUGAUGUGUUUAAGAGCAAAUGAAAUUAAAAUAAGUUGAUCAGUGUAGGCACAUUUUAUGAUGGAUCUUUGGAAUUUUAUAAAUCAAAGCAAUUCUGUGAAGAACAUUAUAAGCACAAUGUGAAAUGAACAAGUAAUUUUGUGAAAUAUCAAGGUAAAAAAACUAAUUGUCUACAUUACAUUACUGUGAUUGUACUAGAAGUGCCUUUUGAAAGGUUUACUCCAUAUGUGCUCAUUAUGUUACUGAACUGAAUAACUUAUUUAAUAUUGUUUAAAAAAUUAAACAUCUUUCACUUAAA